AACCCUAUCAUAUAUCUCCAUCCAAAACCCUCGCAUCCAUUUCCCAACUUCCGAGAUCAAACCUCCAGAAAGUUCGAAACCCUGCCUUCCCUGUCCUCAAAUCUCAUUCGCGAAGAAAAAAGCAAUGGCUCUAACCCUAGCUCGAGCGCUGUACUUCACUUCAGUCCGUCACCCCACGGUUAUUUACAAACGCCUCCACUCCACCAUCACCCAUCCUCCUUCGGUCCCCACUGUUUUCUUCCUCUCGCGCCGGUCCCUAGCCCCCCUCUCCCACGCCGUCCGAUCUGUCCCCUCCACCUCCCGCUUCACCCCGGUUCGAUGCCGCGUGAACCGCUCUGGUGGCUCCGCCUACUCACCCCUCAACUCCGGUUCCAACUUCAGCGACCGACCCCCGACCGAGAUGGCUCCGCUCUUCCCUGGCUGCGACUACGAGCAUUGGCUCAUCGUCAUGGAUAAGCCUGGGGGCGAGGGGGCUACCAAGCAGCAGAUGAUCGACUGCUACAUCCAAACCCUCGCCAGAGUCGUCGGAAGUGAGGAGGAAGCGAAAAAGAAAAUUUACAAUGUUUCGUGCGAGAGGUACUUUGGAUUUGGCUGCGAGAUUGACGAAGAGACAUCUAAUAAGCUUGAAGGUUUGCCCGGUGUUUUGUUUGUUCUUCCGGAUUCUUACGUGGAUCCUGAAAAUAAGGACUAUGGGGCUGAAUUGUUCGUGAAUGGAGAGAUUGUUCAGAGGUCCCCCGAAAGACAAAGGAGGGUGGAGCCACAGCCACAGAGAGCUCAAGACAGACCAAGAUACAAUGACAGAACUCGGUAUGUGCGUCGCAGGGAAAACAUGCGGUGAAAUAUGGAAUUGAGACAGUGGAGGGGGAAGAUUAUCCCUGUAGAUAUCUCUUGGCUUAAAAGGAAUAUGCAACCUUUUUUCCUUUUAGUGUUCGGAUAUUGGGAACCUAUAUACAAAUGUCAGGUUGUGCACGGUCCCUAAAAGCUCCCCAUUCAGGCUAGUAGAACUUGUAACCAUGGUAAAUGGUGUCCUCAGCUUCUACCUUUUCUGGACACCGAUGACUGUUCUGAAGUAAUAUUUGUUUGUUUACAUGUUUA